AUGGAGGCGGCCGCCAAUGGAUUCCACGCAGCUCGACAACGCUACCGAAAACGACGAACUUCUCGUGCUGGCUCCAGUGCUGACGCAGUACGAGGCCGAAUCUACUCCAAGAUCUCAGGGAAAGAGCUAGGCUUAUCAGACGAACAAUGCGAACAGGUAGCCAUGGCCUUCUCCAACAUUCCAGACAAGUACUACGCCUUCGAACAGAUGUUCCUCAACUUGUUCAAUGUAAGGUUCAAGAGUAAUGUAAUUUUAAAGCUACGAGUUGGAUAGAGUUAUUGAGUUAGGUAUUAAAUCUCUUCUGUUUUAAAGACUAUAGUUACCUCUACAAUAUAAUAAUUUUGAAUAAUUUUCUUGUCUGUUUACAUGUCAUUUUUACGUUUCCUUGUACACUAAGGUUUACAUAAACCUAUAGUGAUUGCUUGCAGAAAGAAGACCCCCAGCUAGCCGUGGUCUUCGGCUUCGAAGGAAUAAAACCCGAAGAAUUGCGACGAAUGAGUCCAUUUCGAACUCACGUAUGCAAAUUUCAACGAUUUAUGACCACCGUGCUAGACAUGUUACCCAAAAAAAACAGAGAAGAAGAGCUAGUACAGAUUAUAAGGUAUUUUAACAUUUUAUGCAAAUUUACAGCUUCAAAACCAGUUCUGUAACCAUAGCUUGCAGAAUGGUAGGACGACAACAUUGUAAUGUAAAACUGUUGAGUUUCACCGCGCAGAAAUGGCUAUCUUUCAAAAAUGCCAUGUUAAACGCACUAGCCAGAGGCGGAGAGUCGAACAAGUAUUACAGUAGUUGGAACAUCUUGGUCAGCUUCAUGAUAUCCGAAAUGAAAGACGCCUACCUGGCACAUGUGAGUGUUUUAAGAUCAUAAGACUAGGUAACGCAGUCAAGUAGUUAUACAUACGAAAAAGUCGUAUAAUUUGCACAACGUUAUACCUAGGUCAAGGUUUUUGUAAAAAACCAGAAUUGUUGAAUUCAAGAUUCGCCAGCUCCGGUCCAACUCUUUGCCCCACGUUCUGGAAGCCUACCGACUGGACUUCCGAAGGGGUUCGCCAGUCCCGAGCGACGAAGGCCCAAGCCAAUCCCGAGACGACGAUCUCCCCUGA